AUGCCUUCGAUUUUAAAUACUAUUACAUACCCAUCAGAAUAUAUUCGGCAACAAUAUUCAUUAGUGAAGGCUUAUUUAGAAGAUGAAUAUUUAGGACAAGGCAAUUUAUGUGUAUCUGAAAAUCAAUUAGUAUGGGCAGUCACAUCAAAUGAAACUGAACGGGCAGGUAUUUCAAUUGAUUAUCCAUCGUUAACUAUGCAUGGAAUAGUUACACACGAUCCGAAAUAUCCUGAAGAACAUCUAGUUGUAGUUGUUCAAAAAGCCAAAGAAGACGAAGAAGAUGAUGAAAAUUCAGAAAAUCAUCAAGAUAAUGGUGAUCAACAACGAAGUGACUCACCAGUUGAAUAUGAUAGUAUUCGUACUGUUAAUUAUCGAUUUGUAAUGGCUACAUCUGAAGAUCUUAAAAUUGCUUAUCAAAAUAUUGCUGAAUGUCAAGCACUUCAUCCUGAUCCACUUGAUGAUAUGGUUGAAGAUGAUGAAGUCGGCUCCGAUAUUGAUUAUGGAGAAGAAGAUGAAAACAAUCAAAAUGGAAAUGGAAAUGGAAAUGGAAAUGAACAUAAUGAUGACGAUGAUCCAUAUGGAUAUAAUGCUCAUUUUGCAUCAUCAAAUCAAGAGCUACGAGGAUCACAUUUCACUAGUCGUAGACGUGGCCAACAUGAUGAUCAAGGUGACAAUGACAAAACUGAAGAGAUGGAAUGA